AAUCUUGUUUUCUAUGACAUGACAAUCAAAAUCAAAACAAUAUUAAUUUAACAAUAAAUGGGUGUAAAAUUUAUAUUGCACCCAUUGGACUUUACAUUAUUCUGAAAAGAUGGAUCACAAAAUUGAACUUUUUGAAGUUGAGAAUAAAUUGAAAAAGGAACAAAAUAAUUUGUCUCUUUUGAAGGAGAGAUUGGAAAAAAGCAAUCAGAUAACGAAUGAUAUUGACUGUAUUUUGAAUACCUUCGAAAAACGCCUCUCAAGAUUAGAAGAUACGAUUUUACCUGUAUAUACAGAAACAGAUAAAUUGCAAAAGUCACAAAAAAAUAUCGAUGCAACCAUUCAGCUGUUAGACAAUGUGAUAAGUUUUUAUGAUGUUUCAACAAAUGUAGAAAGUAUCAUUGAAAAGGGUCCAGGAGAAGGUGCAUCUGAGCUAGAACCAUAUUUGCAAUCCUUGAAUCAAUUAGCGGCAGCGCAAAAGUAUUUUGAAGAACAUAUUCCUCAAAGUGUUGAAAAAGAUAAUGUGACUACAUUAUUUGAAAAAGGUGGCGAUAAAAUAAAUUCGGAAUUCAAAUCAAUUCUGGAUAAAUAUAAUACUCCAAUGUUACCAGUUGUACUUUUGGAUCUCAUCAAUGUAGAUGACAAUAACAAAGCACAAAAAAUUCCACCCUUACAGUUUCCUGACGAAGCGAAAACUAAGUUGAUAAGGAUGUCAAAUUGGCUGCUAGAUCAACAUAAAUAUGACCAUUUAACUGUUUAUGGUAUGGUAAGAGGGUUUGUUUUACAACGUUCCUUAACAAUGCUCAAGAAUCACCAAAAAUCAGUGAGUGGAGGUAGCACUCAUGGAGUAUCUAGUUCACCAAUGAUGCGUUCUAAAUUCCAAAACAGACACGAACCGUCUAGAAAACCCUCAACAAGACGUUUACAGCAAGUGUUUCAAGGAAAAGCUAACAAAAUGCUUUUAAAGGCCUCCCAAACUUUUGAAUAUUCCACCGGUUUCAAUCUAACAGGACGAAGGGCUUCCUCUCACUUAGACACGUCUUACAACGGAGAAGAAGUAGAUAACGAACAAGAGAUGGAAAACUACUUACUUUGCGUCAUAGCCUUACACAAACUGAUGCAAGUCGAAAAAGACCUGAUGAAACAAAUAAUUCCAACUACUCACCAACCUAGUGUGUUCGAACUGAUCAUUAAAGACGCUAUGGAUACAAUCGUGCAAGAUGGAGAGAGUUUCGUUCAAAGAGCCAAAAAAUGCAUUGGAAAAUACGAUUUCGGUACGCUUCUGGUUAUUUUUCCCCUAUUGAAACAAUUGAGAUCCUUAAAACCCGAUUUCGAGAGGACUGUUAAUGAUUGCGAUCUGAAUUUCAAGCCUAAAUUCAAUUCUAUCCUGAGUAUGCUCCAUUCUACGGGGUCUAAAUCUCUGGAAGACUUCAUAGAAAGUCUCAAGUCAGAUUCGGUUACUCAGUUACCUAGUGAUGGAACGGUACAUGAACUUACCAGUAAUGUGAUAACGUUUUUAGAACAAUUGUUGGAUUAUAUCGACACAAUAGGAGUAGUUUUAGCCAAUGAACCUGGAUACUCGCAGCAACUAGUGAAAAUGAACGUUAGUGAUGAAAAUAAGGCACUUCUAGGAUUAUAUAUCAAAAAGGUUCUGGUACAACUGAACCACACCCUUAUAAGUAAGAGCGAACAGUACGGUGACUUCGCUUUAAAAUCGAUUUUCAGGUUAAACAACAACAACUAUAUUUUAAAAUCGCUGCAGCAAAGGAAGGAACUACUGGAUUUGUACAAAAUGGCCGAGUCUAAAUGCGAAGAAUAUUAUCACAAUUCUAUUCAGGAGCAGAAGAAGGCCUAUUUGCAAAGUUGGAAUAAACUGCUGCAUUAUAUAUGGGAUGAUAAUGCACCGAUAAACCUUCUGCAUGGUGAUAGGCUUAGAGAUAAAGAUCGGGCAGUCAUCAAAGAGAAAUUCGCAGGUUUUAAUAGGGAAAUUGAAGAAAUAUCCAGAGUACAGCGGGGUUACUCUAUUCCUGAUGUCCAGUUGAGGGAAAGUAUUAAAAGAGACAAUAAGGAGUUGAUAAUACCCAAGUAUAAUGCAUUCUUCAACAUGUAUGCCUCCGUACAAUUCACAAAAAAUAUCGAUAAGUACAUAAAGCAUAAACCUGAUGAAGUAUCUAACAUCAUCGAUAGGUUUUUCGAUGUUGCUGCCUAGAAUUUUAUUAAUAAUGUACAUAGAUAGCUAUCGAAAAUUAAUAUUUAUAGUAACUCAAAAAAUAUUAUAUAUAAUAUACAUUUACAAUUUUA